AAAUUAUCCCAGACUCUCCCUGUCGCUCUCGCUCUCUCUCUCUCUCUCUCCCUCUCUCUCUCUCUCUCUCUCUCUGUUAUCCUCUGGUCAAUAACAUGUAUAUUUCGCAACAUGUACCAGAAUUUUGACAGAUUAAUCAUCCCAUCUCUCCACGUCCCAAUAACAAGAGAAACAAAAACCAUGAGGCUCCAAAAUUCUAUGCCUCACGGUAACGCCAUUUGCCGACAUGGACGCUACUAUCCCAUCUGAGGGAUCACCGCAGUCCCAGCCUCUGGUCAGGAGUCUCUCCCUGGAUCCUAACUCACACCUCCAAGGGCCUCAGGCCGAGCCUACUGGGGGUCUCAGAAUCUCCGAGGAGGUGCCAAUGCCUUCCAAGAAACCGCCUGGCCUCAAACCUCAGGUGCCCCCGAAGCCGUCCCACCUCUGCCGGACCCGAUUGUUGGAGCCUAUACCCCCUGCCCCCCGCAGACCGCUGCCCGCUGACCCCAGGGGAGCUCAGUCCACCCCUGGUACUGGACGCCAAGCUGGCACCCUGGCACGGGUCUCCACCCUCAUUGACAAGUUUGAAAGGGAGCAGACCUCUCUGGGAGGAGAAUUGAACCCUCCGACCGCCUCACCCUCGGCUGAGGGGGGCUGUGCCCUUCCGGAAAGUUCCGGGAACGUGAGGACCGACCGUCUGAACUCUCUGGAGUCCGGCAUCUGCAUGAGCGAGGCGGCCAAUCGGCUCCUGGACUUUGCGGAGGGCUCGGAGGCUGUGGGAGGCGGCGCGGAGAGAGGGAGAGGGACUUCCUCCUCCGCCUCCUCUUCCUCCUCGUUCUCCUCCUCCGCCUCCCUCAAACCCUCGAACAGGGACAGCGGUAUUAGCAGUCUCAGUUCUCCUUGCAACAGCGAGGAGCUCUGCUUUGCUGCCGACGAGGCUCUCGAGCCCCCCUCCCGGCCCCUGCCCCGAAUCCCCGGGCAUGCGGCCCCUCCCCAGGCACCCGGGAGACACUCCCCCCGCCACCCCCGGGACUCCGAGGGCGACAGCGAGCUGGAGGAGGAAGAGGAGGAGGUGGAGGGACAGCAGGCUGGGGGACCCGCGAUGCCUCCCCUAGCCGAGCGGCAGGACUCUGCAGAUCUUAUUAAGGAGAAAAACAAUCGACAAAUCGCCCCCAGGUUGGCAUUUACGCGGUGA